AUGGUUGAGACCGUGGGAGAUCGGGCGGCAAUCACGGAGUUAGCGAGGGCGUUGCGAGCUCGAAGGGUACGCCGCCUCGUCUGUCGCUUUGACACGGAGCUGCUGGUUAGCGCACCAAAGCUGCUGUGGCUGCUUCAGGAUGAGCUUUGGCGACAGGCACAACCAGAUGAAUCGGAAAUCGAGCUCUUUUUGUCGCUGGAGCAGAGCGGUCCCCUCGAACGCGAAGAGGUAUCGGGUUUACGGGCAAGCGCUGACGCGCUCAUCUACUUCCAGGCUACUGACGAAGGCCGCCGUGUUCUCUCCGAUCUACCUGUGAUCUACGUCGAUCGUUCCCUCAGGCUGGUUUGUGAAUCUCGCAUUCGCGAACGGGAGGCAAGCGCUACACAACUGCCAGACCGCUUUCUGCGGAAGAGGUUCGCAGUGGUGCGAAGCACUCGAGAAACCGCUCGAAUAUUCGGGCUGCUCACAGUGAAUCUCAGCCUACCAUUCUGCCUAGAAGCAGUGACUCGCGUACAGGAGCUUUUGCAACGCAAUGAACGGAACGUGUACUGUCUCCAUAUGACGAGUUUGACCCCAGAGAAACUCGCGAAUUUCGCUGAAAUCGAUGUUUUCGUUCUGUUCUGUGAUCUUGGGUACUUUAGGGCGAUUGCAUCCUGUCUCGAUGCAUACUGGAAGCCGAUCAUUACCCCCUAUGAGACGUGUAUCAUGUGCAGCAUCGCCGAUGAGGCGGCCCUGGCGUCAGCGUGUACCGACCCGGCGCGAUACACAUUCAACUUGGAGGUCAUUGCCGGAUGGAGCCUCCCGUCAUCAUCAUCAUCAUCAUCAUCAUCAUCAUCGAGUGCAGCGGGAGCGCACCAGCACGAUCCGCAUUCCAAUGAACAGAUAAGCGACUGCGCUGCUGUGGGCACUUUACGCGAUUCAGCUGUACUGUCUGUCAACGAGGCGCACGGUUCGGACUUUGCGGGCGGGCGUCUGCAGCGGCGAGGCUGGAGAGGUCUCGAGCCCGCCGCAGCGACUGCGAUAUCGCAUCGAGCGCUUCCGGGGCGAGCGGGCCGCGCCAGUGCAUACGACGAUGAACGCCAGCGUAUCGAGCGACAAGCGUCUGGUGAGCGCUCCGCCCAGGGCCUCAGUGAUCACAUCGAAUCGCAGUGA